CCCUGCUGCCCCAUACUCCUCUCUGCUUUACAUGGACGCGAGCGCAAAGAAGAUACUCGAGACUGUUGCUACCAAGACUCUUCACGCACAUGGAUUCUCAAAGUCAUCCACACACGCCAACCUCGUACUCGCCGACGUUACUUCCCGCUACCUCGCCUUCCUCGCCCAGACCGUGGCCAAGUACGCAGAACAUGCAGGCCGCCAUCACAUAUCCGUUUGCGAUGCAGUCGAGGCCAUAGACGAGCUGGGAACGAGCGUCGAUGAGUUGAAAGACUACUGUGCGACAGAGGGCAAGGAUAUGGCGCGUUACGCGACCCAUUCCGCCAAGCGGCUCGAGGAUCUUGCUGAACUCAAGGCGCAACUUGCUGUCGGACUCAGCCACGACGAAGAUGAUCUCAUCCCUCUCGAAUGGGGUCCAGUGCCAGACGACGCGCCCUCAGAGGAGGAGAGCAGCGAGUACGAAGACGAGAUUGCCACCCCGUCUGACGAGGUCGCAAAGGCGGAGGUCAUGAUGGUCGACCCCCAGCACGCACAUUCAGAGGACAUCGCGAUGGAAGGAGAGCCAGCAGUACCACUCAAACAACCACUGCCACGCCGCAUACCAACUCCUCCCUUGCCUCCCUCUCCCAUAUCCAGGUCCCCCUCUCCCCCGCGAAAACGCCAGCGUACAGCCAGCUGGAACCACCCUGAGUAUAUACCCGAUUUCCUUCCGCCAUUCCCUACAGACGGCGAAUCACAACGCGACGGUAGCCCACACCCUAUCGCGCCUAGCGAUUCAGCUAGUCUGCCCAACAACACAGGCGUGGUCAAGGACGAACGACCACCUACGCCACCGCUGCAGGCGCAGGUGUCGACGGCCUCUUCGUCAGCGGACUACCUUACACCAAUACCUUACGAACAGUCCUCGCUCGCGUCGUUGCCAGCAUGGCAUCUGCCUGCACACCCUCCACAGGACGAACACGGACUCUCGACGAGGUCCCAGGCGCAAGCCGCGAUUCCUCAGGUCCAGCCUGCACUUCUAGGAGCGUAUCACCACAUCCUCACGCAUCCCCCGCCGACCAAAGUCGGCGCAGUCAACCCGGCGAGGUAUCGCGUGGCGCUCGCACUUGUGGAGGAGAGCGAGAAGUGCAACAGGUGGGACGUCCCGACGACGUUGUUCGGCAGUACGGCUCCGAACCCACCACGCGUUGCGCCCAUGCCGCCAAGUUACGCAAUGCCGAUUGGGAAGGGUCCGGCAGGGGGCAGCGGAUCAGGUACGCCGGACGGGGAUGCGAAGGAUAAGGCAGGGAAGGAGGAGGAGAAGAGGCCGUUACCGGGCGCGCCUGCCCGGACUAUCGCGCCUUCGGACAGGAUUGUGGCGAGCCUGAGCAGGCAGGGCUCGAGGAUCCCGAAGCUGGCACGGCAUGUGCUCUCGGGUCCUGUCUAUGCACGCACAGUGCGACUUGCCCAUCCUCCCGUCCUUUCGCGGGGUGCGCAGAAGCUCACGUACGGUCCUGGGGUAUAUGCCCCGUGGAACGCGAGCUUCUCGCCGAUGCCGGCCACCGCACCUGCGCCGGGCAAGGGCAAAGAGGCGAACGGGAUGCCAAAUGGGAAGGACAAGGACAAGGAGAAAGACAAGGAGGCUCCUCGGCCGCUGCCGGAUGCGCGGCUGUACGCGACGUGGAACUACGAGCAGAAGCGAUUCGACGAGCCGCUCGCGAUGCGUAGACGGAUGGGGAGCAUGGCCGGGAGCGUGGGUGGGGUUUCGAUGGGGAGGACGAGGAGCGAGAGCACGAAUGCGUGAAUGCUGGGUGGACGAUGGACGUGCAUUGUCGUGCGCACCGCUCCCACGACGGCGCUCGAUCUGGAGCGAUGGCCAUCUGCAGGGACGGCGUUGGAGAUUGGCAGCGUUGACAUCUGCGUUUGAGUGCACGCUCGCUGGCCUGCGCUCGCACAACGGACAGUGGCCGAUGUUGGGGACUGUAUUAUUACUGGUAUAUUAUCUGCUCUAGGAAGUCAGAAUGCGUAAUCGAC